CAGGUGCCAGAGGAUAUUAGUUUUCCAGUUGGAUUUGCUUGGGGUGCAGCUAAAGUAGCAUGUCAAAUUGAAGAAGGCUGGAAUGCAGAUGGAAAGGGCCCUAAUGUCUGGGACACAUUCACCCAUCAGGGAGGAGAUCGAGUUUUCAAGAACCAGACUGGUGAUGUAGCUUGUGGCAGCUACACUCUGUGGGAGGAAGAUUUGAAAUGUAUCAAACAGCUUGGAUUGACUCAUUAUCGCUUUUCUCUUUCCUGGUCACGUCUGUUACCUGAUGGGACGACAGGUUUCAUCAACCAGAAAGGAGUUAAUUAUUACAUCAAAUUUAUUAAUAACUUGGCAAAUGGCAUCUGCUUCCCGUAUUACUUUGGCUUACCUGAGUCCUUAGAAGAUGAAGGUGUCUAGAGAUCUGAGAUCAUUGAGACCUUUGAUAUUCAUGCAAAGUACUGCUUCAGAACAUUGGGAAACUGAGUGAUCACUGUUAAUGAGCCCUAUCUUGUUGCUACAGGUGGCUGUGAAAAUGGUAUAGCCCGCAUUGGUACCAGAGCUUACAAGGCAUCUUAUAAUGUGAUAAAAGCUCAUG